AUGGGAAACUCCGAUAUCGAGCAAGUUCAGGCUCUCGAGACUCGCUCGGAGCCUGAGAAAACCCCAGGCAAGGCUUUCCGGGGAGACUACGCAACCGGCGUUGUGGAUAUGUCUCCUGUUGAAAAGAGGUUGCUGAUUAAAGCUCGUUUACUAUUGGCCACUUUGAUGGCACUCAUGUAUUUCGCCGCUUACUUGGACCGCCACAGCAUUGGAAAUGCCUCCGUCAUGGGUAUGGCAAAGGACCUACAUAUUGGAGCCCACGACUAUUCCAAUGUCCUCUCCAUGUUCUAUGUCGGAUAUGUUAUAUGCAUGCUCCCAGCAAACAUCAUACAGCGCAAAUUCUCUCCGCACUACAUCGUUGGCACUUCAUGUACUAUAUUUGGUCUUUCGGUAGCGUGCAUGGCGGCCGCGCGAAACUACGGGGCCAUGCUUGGUCUGCGUAUCCUCGUCGGCUUCGCCCAGUCUUUCAUCCAGGGCAUGACAGUCUAUUUAUCUCUGUGGUUUCGGCGGGAUGAAAUAGCUGGCAUCGCAGCGAUUAUCUACUCGGCCGCCACUAUCUCGGGUGCCUUCGGCGGCUUCAUCGCUUACGGUAUCGAGAAGAACGCCAAGCUGAGCCUUGCCGUGUCAGGCCUUGAACCCUGGCGGUGGCUCUUCAUCAUUGAGGGUUGCAUUGGCGUCUUUGUCGGGAUACUGUUUUAUACCAUGCUUCCCCAGUUCCCCGACAAGCUACAGGAAAGGGGCGGCAAGCACUGGUUCUUCACCAAGGAGGAGAUAGAUGUCGCGUGCGAGAGGACCUCCUCCUUUAAUACGAUGGGAGCCAAGGUGGAGGUGCGCCAGAUCCUCAUUGCCCUCACAAGUCCUCUAUCGUGGGGCUUUGCUUUGGUAAACGGAGGGGUAGCUUCGGGCAUUGCAACCAUCGGGGUCUUCUUGCCUACCUUUGUACGCGAGCUAGGCUAUUCGAAAGGCAAGCAAGCAUUCUACCUGGUCAAUGCCCAGCUCUUCAGCGUCAUCCCCUACGCCGUGGCCUUCGUAUCCAUUCUCGUCGCCAACCACCUCUCGGAUCGCUUCAACAAGAAAGGCAUUCCGUUAGUAUGCUGUCUAUCCACUGCCACAAUCGGCCUCAUUGUCAUCAUGACCGAGGCGCCAACAGCUGGUAAGAUGGCGGCCCUGUGUCUCGUCGCUUCCGGGGUCUACCCCUCGGUCACUCUGUUGGCCGCUUGGUGCGGAUCCAACAUUGCAGGGUUCACCAAGCGGGCCACGACGUGGGCCAUGGCCGAGAUCACCGGCCAAUGCCUAUCCAUCAUGGCCACCAAGAUCUACAACACGCCGCCGCGUUACUUCAAGGGCCACGGCGUGCUGCUGGGCCUGCUGGCGUUUGGCGUUAUCGAUUGCGUGGUGCUCAUGUGGUGGAUGCGUAAGGAGAAUGUCCGCCGCGAGGCCGAGGUGGGCGCGUACAUGGCGCGGGGUGAAGCCCACCCACACGAGAGUAAGAGCCUGGAGGACGUCCAGGAUCUCCAUGUCAGCUUUCGGUAUAUCAUCUAG